AUGACGGCGAAGACGGAGGAGGAGAGGGAGAUGGAAGAGGAGAGGGAGAAGAGGAAGCGGUUAAAGAAAGAGAAGUUGGAGAAGGCGGUUAGGGAGUAUGAGGAGCCGGAGUGGACCAAAGUGGUUGAGAGGAGGAGAAAAUAUGGUGAUCCUGAGGAGGAGAAGGUAAAAGAGAUAGAGGAAUGGGAGUGUGUUGUUUGUAGGAACGGAUUUAGUAGUGAGAAGCAGUGCAGAAAUCACGAGCAGUUGAAGAAGCACCUUCGUAUGGUUUCAGAGUUAAUAGUAUUGCAAUCUAACCAUCGUGAAAUUGUUGUUGGGUCGAUGGAGGACAAGAGGAAUUAUGAAGAGCUUGAUAAAGAAGAGGUUUCGGUGAAAGCAAAAGGGGAUGAAGUGGUUGGAGAGAGUGAUGAGUUUUCUAAUUGUGUCAGUGACAAUAGGUGGGAAAACUUUAGUGAAGCAGUUGAAUAUGCUGAGGAGGAGGAGGAGGUGGAUGAGAUGGAUGUUCUUCUAGCCAUAUGGUGGCAAGGGAAAAGGCUAUAUAUGGAAAAGGUUGGUGAAAUUUUUUUUGAAGCAAAUGGUUGA